AUGCCGGCGGUGGCAAAAGAAAACGACGGUCUGCUCCAGGAGAAGCCGAGGGACCACGAGCGCCAGAUCAGGAUGGCGACACGCCGGCUGAUCGAAGCGAAAGAGCGCAAACAGGAAGCAAGAGGGCAUCAGAUUUUGGAACCAAGGGAAGCGGAGCCGACAAUCUUUCGAGCACCUCUGCAGCGACUCCCGUUCGAAAGGGUGAACAAGACGGAAAACAAGAAAAAUACCGAAGCGGUAAAGAGGGCGCCGACAAAAAGGAAGAAGGAAAAGACAUCCCACCGAGCACUGCCACUGCAAUACCUGCUCCUCAAGAUAUUCCAGAAACAAGCCGAU